CUUCGGUGCGCAGCUCAUAAGUUUCGGCGAUUCACUCCUGGACAACAUGAUGAGCAUCCUCCCAGUUGACAAGUGGAGGCGGAUCCGACCGGCAGCCAGCCCAGCGUUUUCUACGGGAAAGCUACGCAAGAUGAAUUCCUUAAUAGCUGACUGUGCCCGAACAACAGCGGAACACUUGAAAGAAACAGCAGAAAAGGAGGGAGAACUGGACGUAAAACAAUUUUACGCGAACUACGCCCUCGAUGUGAUUGCCAGGUGCGCAUUCGCCACCCGGCUGGACUCGCACAGUGAUGAGACCAACGAGUUUGUCACCAAAGCCAGGCAGGCGUUUUCGGGCGGAAUAACGCUGCGACUAGUUUUAGUUUUUAUGUUCCCCUGGGUUUUCAAACUUUUGAAACUGAAGGCUCUCGACACUGACUUAUUUCUUUACUUCAAGAAGCUCUGCCUCAAAAUAAUCGCCAAGCGGAAAGAAACCCAAACUCGGCAGGAGGAUUUCUUGCAACUUAUGAUGGACGCGCAAGACGGUGUCCUUGAAGCUGCGGCUGAAUCUACAUUAUCGGCCAACGAGAAACUCUUCAACCUCGACUCGGAGAUCAAGGCGGACACCUCGUUCGUGGGAGGUGUUAAAGCCUUGACUGAAGAGGAGGCCAUGGCGCAGUGCGUCCUCUUCUUUGCUGCUGGUCAAGACACGACGUCAUCCGUGCUCGCUUUUACCCUCUACCUCCUGGCGGUCCAUCCCGAAGUUCAAGCCAAGCUGAGGGAACAAGCUGACGAAUGUUUCAAACAGCAUGGGCCAGAUCCAAGCUUGGAUGUCGUCUCAAAACUCAAGUACCUUCACGGGGUCGUGUCAGAAUCCCUGAGAAUGUUUCCUCCCGGACCAAGGUUGGAGCGAUCUUCCCCAACUGACUACGUUCUGGGUGACACCGGAAUUAAAAUUCCAAAAGACUGCCCGAUUGCCGUACCCGUUUAUGCGAUGCAUCACGACCCAGACUACUUCCCCGAUCCAUCAAAGUUUGAUCCCGACAGGUUCAGCGAGGAGAACAUCGAUAACAUUCGCCCGUACACAUACCUUCCUUUUGGAGCGGGGCCACGGAACUGCAUCGGCAUGAGGUUCGCCUUGGAGGCGGUCAAGCUGUCCCUCCUGCACUCCGUCCACAGCGUCGAAUUCGUUCGUACAAACAACACUAAGGUUCCUCUCGAAUUCGCUACUGGAUUUUCGGUCUUCAACGCCAAGAAUAUCACAAUCGGAGUUAGGAAGAGGACUGUAUGAAAUAUUUCCACGUAUGAGCCUAUGUUUGUUGCAAUCAAUCAUUCAACUCGAAUGCUGGGAAGUGGGCGUGGUGUUUGAAUGUGCUUACGGGUAGCUUUUAAUUGAUUACAUGAUUAAUUGAAGCAAUUGCUACGUUUAGCUUGUGUGCUAUAAAUAAAGUAACUUCAUGUAUAUGGCUUUAAAUCGCGAAGAUAUUCAAUCAUUCGGUACUUCCAAAUUUCUAAAUAUUUUUUUUUUUUAAAUCUAAUUUGUCGUGUAAAAUUAAACAUUGUUUUGCGGCACGUUUGGUCGAAAAUAAGAAUCACGUGCCCACCAUAUAUCCACAAAGUCAGCAGCUGUACUAUUGUGCCUGAAAAUAAAAACGCACAACAGAACCACAAAUAUAAAA